CUGCAGCAGCACGCUCCCCGACGACGGCGCACCUUCACGCAGUCACGCUCUCCUUUUUCUUUGGUAUCCAUUUCCAUCCGAAAGGGUUUUAGGCAUCCGAAAGGGAAGAUUUGCUCCAAAAUUUAGAUCCUUUCACUCUCUCACAUUCUUACAUUUUAAGGGUUUUUAUUUGUUGCACCAUCUCAUCAUGAACAUCUUCAAGAAGAAAACAUCUCCCAAAGAUGCUUUGCGGACGAGCAAGAGAGAAAUGACGGUUGCGACCCGAGGCAUUGAACGUGAGAUUGCAUCACUUCAGCUGGAAGAAAAGAAAUUGGUGGCGGAGAUCAAGAAGACGGCCAAAACUGGAAACGAGGCAGCUACUAGAAUUUUAGCUCGCCAACUUGUACGGCUGCGGCAACAAAUAACUAAUUUGCAGGGGAGUCGUGCCCAAAUCAGAGGUGUAGCAACUCAUACACAGGCAUUAUAUGCCAGUACCUCAAUAUCUACAGGAAUGAAAGGUGCAACUAAGGCAAUGGUAGCAAUGAACAAGCAAAUGGCUCCAGAAAAACAAGCAAAAGUGAUAAAAGAAUUCCAAAAGCAGUCAGCACAAAUGGACAUGACGAUAGAGAUGAUGUCAGAAGCUAUUGAUGAAACUUUAGAUAAAGAUGAGGCUGAAGAGGAAACAGAGGAGCUCACGAACCAGGUGCUUGAUGAGAUUGGAGUGGAUAUUGCUUCUCAGCUAUCCUCAGCUCCAAAAGGUCGGAUUGCAUCAAGGAAUGCUGCUUCUGAGGUUAAAAAGUAUAGGGUUGUUGUGUGCUAUGAUGAAUUUUGGAAAACUAUCUUUAUGUGGUUCUUUUCAAUGAUUGCAGAUAUGCAGAGCCAGCUUGUGUGUAGUGGCUGUAGAAGCAUUCUUCUUUAUCCUAGAGGGGCUGCAAAUGUUUGUUGCGCGUUAUGCAAUACAGUUACCCAAGUCCCUCCCCCUGGGAAUGACAUGGCUCAACUCAUAUGUGGAGGUUGUCGAACAUUACUAAUGUAUACACGCGGAGCAACAAGUGUAAGAUGCUCUUGCUGUCACACCAUUAACUUUGCACAAGCAUCCAACCAGAUUGCUCACAUCAAUUGCGGGCACUGCCGUACGACAUUAAUGUAUCCAUAUGGAGCUCCAUCAGUCAAAUGUGCUGUUUGUCAAUAUGUAACUAAUGUUGGAAUGGGCAAUGUGCGGGUUCCACUUCCCGUAAACAGACCUAAUGGAGUAGCUGCGACAGGGACUACACCAUCUACUUCAACAAGCCAAACAGUUGUCGUUGAGAACCCCAUGUCUGUUGACGAGAGUGGCAAAUUGGUGACCAAUGUCGUGGUUGGCGUAACGACAGACAAGAAAUGAUGGGAUGAGAAUUUUGAGUUUGAUUGCUCUUUUAUUUGAUAGGAGAAUGCAUACAAACAUUGUUAUGAUUGCUGGAAAGAUAGAAAUGGAAAUUGGUUUGUGUAUAUUAUGUGGACAAUGGGAAACAGUGAACAUUUAUUGAAGAAUGUGUGAUGUGCAUCUGGAGUAAUGAGAGGUGGGGAAAGUGUUUUUUAUAUGAUUUGCCAAACUGAAAUAAUGUUUGCUUAGCCUAGUGAAUGUUUUCAUCUACUAGAUAAUUUCUAUGCU